GUUUAAAGAUGGAAUUGGCAAAAGAAAUUAUCGAUGGCUUGGCAAGCAUCCAAAAUAACAACAUUUUGCCCGAAGAAACAUUUCUACAGUUAUUAGAUAUUAUAAUGUUAUAUAUUUCUAAAAGUAACAAUGGAAAAAGUAUCACAACUGUUUAUCCAUCCAAGUCAGAUCUGAUAAAGGCUACAGUCGCUAAUGUAUCCUGCCUCUUUAUAGAGGCUGCUCGACAUGAUUAUGAUGAGGAAAGCUUAAAACAUUUUCUACAUAAUGAACACAUUAAUGGGCAUAGAAUUGAAAUACUAUGUAGUACAUAUAUAAACAAUAAACAAAGUAUCCAGACUCAGCUGGAAUUGACAGGAAAUAGUUUACCCCACAUAGUGGACAUAGAUUGGCGUUUGCAUCAUUGUGUUAAGAUUAGCACUCGAUUUACCAACGUACCAAUUUAUAACAUACGAAUAAGUACGAAAGAAUGUAAUCAAGAGAGGCAUGUAAUAUUUACAUGUACCAUACAACAGCUACAAGAGUUGGUAUACAAGUUGAAGGAUGCUAUAAGACACAUUGAAAAAAUGUCUAAUAUAUGAACUUCUAAUGAAUGAUUAUAAUGUACAGUUUAUAAAUUCCUUCUUUAACUUUGCUUUGACAAUAAUUUAUAUAUAAGGAUAAUGUUUUAUAUGAAUAAUACAGUUUUCUGUAAGUGCAGUCAAUUAUAUUUUUGCAUA